AUGGAAAAAGAAGAUUUUAGAUGGUUUGAGGGAGAUGGAGAAACAGACGCCGAGGAGUUCACACCAGCACCCGCCAGGAGUUCCUCAUUAAACUACAUGAUAGAUGCCAUUGGAGGAAUAUUCUAUUCUGUCUUCGUGAUUUCCCUGGUGGCAAGGCUCGUCACAUAUGUCUUUGGGCUCAGCCCGCAUGUACUUACCUUGGACAUCAACCUGGUGCUUUUGAGCACCAUUGUUAUAUCUUUGCUGUUUAUCCUCCUUUCAGUAGCAAGAGAAACCAUAACGUUCAUGGGAUUAACUCUUGGGAUCGUUGAAAACUCUGAUUCAUAUGCAAAGCUACAAAGGCUUGUGACGGUUUCUGCCUGGUUUGGGACAAGCAUGUACUGGAUGAACUAUGUAAAGAUGUCGUAUGGAUACGACUUCGACAUUGCCCGCAAGGUCUUUGCAUCUGGAAUGAUAACGUCCAUGACGUAUUCAGUCAUAACGGUUGCUAUGGGAUACUUCGGAAGCUUCUUCCUGGAGAAGACACUUAAAACCAAGAUGAACGAUGUGGAGGAGACCGAGAGAAUAGUGUAUGCAAUGAAGAACUACAGAUAUGAUGUCUCUGAGUCUGUGAGCAGUAGAACCCCUGAAUGCUCAUGUAAGGACAUAUUCUGCUUUAGAGCAUCGGCAAGCAUUAGAAACCGAGAGAUAAGGAAGGAGAGCGGGGAGGAAGGGGCCCAUCUGUUUGUAGGAGGGCUUGUGAUAAAUCCUCCUCAGAUUCACGGAAUCAUAGAUGCCAAGACUCUUGCAAGAGAUGUAUUUACCAAGGCAAGCAAUGGAAAGGACUUUCUUUCGUUCAGUGACUUCAGCAGCAUAUUCCCGACGCCGCAAGAUGCCUCGAAUGCAUUUUCCUUCUUUGACUCGAACAACGACAGAACGAUCUCGAAGAAGACGUUCCACGACACGAUCAUGCAUUUUUACAUGGAAAGGGUGAAUCUCGAGAAGAGCAUAGCGAGGACCGAGGACUUUAUCGGUGUGGUUACAAACACCUUGAACACGGUUGUGGCGGUGGUCCUCUGCUUCACCUACCUCAUAAUUUUUGGAAUUCCGCCUAAGGAAUUGCUGACGCUGACGCUCAGCGGAUCCCUCGCAUUCAGCUUUGUUGCAAGCAAGAUAAUUCCAGACAUGUAUCGCAACUUCAUGAUGCUUACCAUACACCCGUUUGACGUGGGCGACGAUGUGAUAAUUGACGGAACGGACUAUAGAGUUUAUGAGUUUGGACUGACAAGCACAUCUCUGAUUGGCGAGAACGGAGGAAAAAUAAAAUUCCUGAACAGCGAUCUCUGGAAGAAGAAGCUCAUCAACAUGACAAGGGCGCCUGAGAAGAUAAUCACGUUCAACUUUGAUCUGAAUCCCGACAUAAAGGUCGAGGACUUUGGGCGGUUUAAGGGCAUGAUACGCGAGUUUAUCAAGAAAAGGCCUUUCGACUACGAUGGAUCGUUCUCCAUUCAGGCGAAGACAGAAAGCUUUGCAAGCAUUAAUGUUCUGAGCUGCACGAUGGUUCUGAAGUGCAAGAACUACAAGAACAAGUCCAAGAAGUUCGUCCUCAGGGUUGAGAUGACUGCAUUCCUGAGAUCGCUAAUCACAAGCAUGAACAUUGGGGCAAAGUGA